AACACCACCUACCCAACGGCUAACGUUUGCUCUCUCUACACCAUAUGUCCAAAACCAAAGGGAAAAAGAAAAACAACAGCUCAUAGCACACGCCAGACACGUGCUAACUCUCAUUCUCCUCCAUACUAUUUGCACCUGACUUGGGUAAACUUAUCACCUUUCUCCUAAAUUCACCUUUCUUUCGCUAUUUUUUACGCCAAACAUUGCUGCUGCUGCAGCUGAUUUAUCAAUUAUUAAGAUAUGAACUUUCCAAAUCCAACUCAUGCCACGUCAUCUCCUUCUACUUCUUCCUCCUACACACUCACUCAUGCUUCUCCGAAUUUCAAGCGCCCUAUGUUGUUGCCACAGGCAAUCUGCACCUCACAAAAAAAGUCAAUCUCCUCUGGAGCCCUUGUGGAGCCUUAUGUUAACUCUAAUCCUAUGAAAAGUUACAUAACUGCCGGUUUUUCUCCACGGCGAUAUGAAGCACAACCCUUGGUUUCUAGCCAAUCACUCAACAAACAUGUGUUCUCAGUGGAAGCCUUAGUAACUCGAACAGCUCAAGAUGUUUCCGAUACAACUCUUAAUAGUGAUGACAAGAUUGGAGUGUUGUUGCUAAAUCUUGGAGGUCCAGAGACUCUAGAAGAUGUGCAACCUUUUUUAUUUAACCUUUUUGCUGACCCUGAUAUUAUACGAUUGCCAAGAAUAUUUAGUUUUCUUCAAAAGCCAUUGGCCCAGUUUGUGUCUGUUCUAAGGGCCCCAAAAAGCAGAGAAGGCUAUGCUUCAAUUGGUGGCGGUUCUCCACUUCGACGUAUAACUGAUGAACAGGCUGAAGAUUUGAAGAAAUCUCUUUUUGCAAAGAAUGUCCCCGCUGAAGUGUAUGUUGGUAUGCGUUACUGGCAUCCAUUCACCGAGGAAGCUAUUGAACAGAUUAAAAAAGAUGGAAUAACGAAGCUGGUCGUUCUCCCACUUUAUCCACAAUUUUCAAUAUCAACCAGUGGCUCGAGCUUACGUCUACUGGAGAGCAUAUUCCGAGAGGAUGAGUAUCUAGUCAACAUGGAGCACACUGUAUUACCUUCAUGGUAUCAACGUGAAGGGUACAUAAAGGCCAUGUCAAAUUUAAUCGAGAAAGAGCUGAAGAGUUUUGAUUCCCCUAAGGAGGUCAUGAUAUUCUUUAGUGCCCAUGGGGUGCCGCUUGCUUAUGUGGAAGAGGCUGGUGAUCCUUACAAAGCAGAAAUGGAAGAAUGUGUGGAUUUGAUCAUGGAAGAACUUGAGAGAAGAAAGAUAACAAAUGCUUACACCCUUGCCUAUCAGAGUAGAGUUGGACCUGUGGAAUGGUUAAAGCCAUAUACGGACGUGACGAUUGUUGAACUUGGAAAAAGGGGAGUGAAAAGUCUCUUGGCUGUUCCAAUUAGCUUUGUGAGUGAACAUAUUGAAACUCUAGAAGAAAUUGAUGUUGAAUACAAAGAAUUGGCUCUAGAAUCUGGUAUAGAAAAAUGGGGCCGUGUUCCUGCUCUAGGAUGCGAACCUUCCUUCAUCUCUGAUUUGGCAGAUGCUGUGAUUGAAAGCCUCCCAUAUGUUGGUGCCAUGGCAGUUUCAAACGUCAAUGCACGACAGUCUUUGGUUCCGCUCGGCAGUGUAGAGGAGUUAUUGGCAACAUACGACUCACAACACAGGGAGUUGCCAUCGCCGGUGAUAGUGUGGCAAUGGGGUUUGACAAAAAGUGCUGAAACAUGGAAUGGAAGAGUAGCUAUGCUAGCUGUGCUGCUUCUUUUGUUUUUUGAAGUCACCACGCCUGAUAGUGUUUUUCACCAGUGGGGAAUAUUAAUGUCCUCUCUUAGGUGAAUCAAUCUCAGCCAUGUCCUCAAAGAUUGGAGUUUAUAGUUUGAGUUCAAUUUUGAUAAUUCAGUGUAUAGUUUUUAACACUACCAUCAAAUCGUGUUCUUAUACAAUAUUGAUGGUGUUGUUAUAUCACUUGAUCCAUAUAAUAAAGAGUAAUGAUAUGCUUACACCCCAUAUCUACACCAAUACUUACACUACGGUGAACAGUGUUUUUUUUAAAUAAAAUAAUAAUAUUUAUUUUUAUUUUUAAAAUUAAGGACGACACUGUUCAUGUACGGACGUGCAUUAACCAACUUCAUUACUGCAUUAACCAAGUUUUUACACUGCAUUAACCAAAUUUGAUGACUGCUAAAAAUUAUUUUUAAUACCUGAAUAUUGCAUUAACCAACUUCAUUACUGCAUUAACCAAGUUUUUACAUUGUAUUAACCAAAUUUGAUGACUACUGUAAAAUAUUGUUCAUGAGUGUAAGAAUAGCAUUACUCAAAUUUGGUUAAUGCAAUGUAAAAACUUGGUUAAUGUAGUAAUGAAGUUGGUUAAUGCAAUAUUCAGGUAUUAAAAAUAAUUUUUAGCAGUCAUCAAACUUGGUUAAUGCAGUGUAAAAACUUGGUUAAUGCAGUAAUGAAGUUGGUUAAUGCACGUCCGUACAUGAACAGUGUCGUCCUUAAUUUUAAAAAUAAAAAUAAAUAUUAUUAUUUUAUUUUAAAAAAACACUGUUCACCGUAUAAAUACGGUGAACAGUGUUUGGUGUAAGUAUUGGUGUACAUAUGGGGUGUAAGCAUAGCAUUACUCUAUAAUAAAUCCUACUUAGUGGGAAGAAGUUCUUGUCGUUUUAGUCAAGCUCAUUCUAUAUAUAAUAAUGUGUGGAUGCUUGAUUACAUCACAGUGGAAAAAAACAUGACAGUAGAUCAAAAUAAAAUCCAUUUAGUUUGUUUGCGUA